GCUUCCGCAGUUCUUAAAUUCUGAUCCUCUGAAUAGGCCUGUAAUCAAAGAUGACCAACAGAGUAUUCAAAAUCUUAGUGAAGAAAGAAACUUUGUCUUUCUUAGCAACAAAAUUGAGCCAUCGUUAGUUCUGGAAACAGCACCACUUUUUGAUGAUCUGAAAAAGGAACUUACUCGACAAAAAUUUUCAGGCCCUAACUUGACAGAAUCUUACUGUUGGCCACCAUUAGCUCGAGGAUGUGAUGUAGUUGUCAUCUCCCAUCACGGAAAUGAUCCUUUCUUGUAUAUUCUACCAGUUCUUACAUUUUUGCAGUUGGAAAUUUGCUACAAAGCCUUGCCAAAGAGGAAUGGACCACUAGUGCUUAUUUUAUGUCCUGGGUGGAAGAAGGCACAACUUGUUUUUGAGCUACUGAAAACAUACGGGAGAUGCUCCAGACAGCUUCAUCCAAUGUUGAUAAUACUUGGGCAGAACAAAGAAGCAGCUAGAAGUUUGAAAAUCCGAGGAUGUGAAGUAAUUGUGACUACACCAUAUAGCCUCCUGAGACUGUUUGAACAUCACAGAUUACUAUUUUGUAGACUUUGCCAUCUUGUUCUUGAUGAGAUUGAGGUACUGUUCUCUGAUGCUACUGAACAGGUUUUUACUAUAUUGGAUUGUUACAAGAAGUCCAUUAUUACUGAAGAAUGGGGGUGUUCACCACAUCAGAUUAUUGCUGUUGGAACUUGUUGGGAUAAACAUAUAGCACACUUGAUAAAGGAGUUCAUGAACGAUCCUUACAUUGUGAUAACAGCUGUGGAAGAAGCCUCCAUCUAUGGAAAUGUGCAACAGGUUGUGCGAACCUGCACAAACAGUGAGAGAACUUCUGUGUUACUUGAAAUGCUGGAUUUUACCCACAAUGAUCUUGAGAAGGUGCUGGUAUUCACUAAUUCAGUAAAUGAAGCAGAAGUGGUUCAUAAGGCACUUAAGAGCAACUCUGUAUUUUCCUUGAAAAUACAUCAAGAGAGCGAGUUUAAUUUCAAGUAUAUCUUAGAGCAGUGGACAAGAAAGUAUAGUUCUGGCACUCACAUUGUUUUAGUUUUAACAGAUGACUGCAUGCAGUCUUUGGGAAUUACAGAUGCAACUUGCGUGGUACAUUUCAGUUUUCCUUCUAGAAGAAUCUUUGGUCAGCGUCUACACAGCAUGUCUGACAACUUCUGUCGUGUGAUCAAGGAUUCUUCUGUAAAUCAAGAAUAUACAAAGGCAAGAUCAGUCAUUCUGCUAACAGAAGACAAUGCAUGUCAUGAACUAGGGAUCCUGCGCUAUUUGCAGCACGCAGAAGCUGAAAUUCCACCAGAACUGCAUGAUUUUACUGCAAAGAUGUUAGAAGCUGGAGAAGAUAACAAAUUUUCAAGGCCGCUGUGUGCCUGUCUUAAAACAUUUGGAAUUUGCAAGAAUAGAACAGUGUGCCCAGAUCGUCAUCGAGUUAAUUUAGAAAUAGACAUGCCCCAGAAUAUACCAGAUAACGUUAUACAAACGUCUGGAUGUGUGACAAUACUGCCUCUCCUCAUUGUAAAUGCAACAAACUACUUUGGCCGAAUUGUAGAUAAACAAAAGGACCAAUAUACAAUUCUUGCUGAAGAAAUUAAUGAGUAUUUUCAGAAUCCUAGUAAUAAAAUUUCUGUAAAAAAUGUGGAGAAGCUAGCAUUUUAUGGAUUAUGUGAGAAAACACUUUUUCACAGGGUUCAGGUGAUAGAGAUUUCCCCAGAAGAGAAGAAAAAUGUGUUCUUUAACGUCAAAAUUAAAUUUAUAGAUGAAGGCAGAACAAGUCAAGUUCAGAGCUAUCAGCUGCUUCACUUACCUGCAGAGUUUCAGUCUCUGCCACCUCAAGCUGUGGAAUUUGUAGUUUGUAGAGUGAAACCCAUUGAUAAUGAAAUGGAAUGGAACCCAAAGGUAACUGAUUAUAUUAAUCAAAAAAUUAAAGGAAAACUACAUGAAGCAAAAAUAGUACAUACCUUGGGAAAUACAGCUUGGGUUGACCCAAUGGUCCGGGUUACCAGACUUUCAGAUUUGAAGAUAUCGAUCAAUGACUACAACAUUCGAUCUGAGAUUCUGUCUACAGGUCUGGGAACUGACAAUCCAGAACAUCUAACACAAAUUCAGAAGUUGUGUGAACACAUGAAAGUAUUAGAUCAUGCGAAGAACUUGGAGCCUUUAAGCAUAAAGGAGGAUACACCUGGUCCAGAGCAUGUGUCCAAUCCACAGAAUGUGUCAGUACAAGAAAAUUCUACUGAAAACUGUAAUUCCUCUCAAGUUACUUCUGGGAACCAUCGAGGUGAUGAUGUAGCUCAAACUAAGGAAGUAGAAGACACUACCCUGCAUCAGCGUAAAUGCUUUUAUCCAGAAACGAAGUGGUUUCAAAAUGAAGAGACUGUUACAGUGAAGAUGAAAAUAGCAAGUGUAGCUGACUAUAAAUGUGAGUUCUCUAAAGAGAAGGUGGUUUUCAGUGCUUGUUCAGGAGACAAACUUUAUUUGGCUGAUAUGGACCUGCAUCAGUAUAUACUUGCAGAAAAGUCUACAUGUGUGAUUAAGGAUCAAGCAGCUAUUAUUGUUCUCAAAAAAGAGAAAAAAGGAGCAUGGUCCAAAUUACUGAAGAACAAGAAUCUUCAUGUGUCUUUUGAUUUUGAACACUGGGAAGAUUUUGAAGAUAAAAGCCCUUUUCCAGUUGGUACUAAAAAACUGUAUUGCACUGCUGCAGUAACUGAAGAAUUGGUUGACUCUUCGGAAGAUAGUGAAACAGAAAGUGAUGAGUAA